AUGACCGAGGUAUCCUCCACCAGGCUGUACCUGGGAAACCUCCCUCGCAAUGGUGAGCUCAGCCUUGCGCAUCGCCCGACGCGUCGUCGCAACCUGCUAACUUGCGUAGCCACCAAGGCCGAUGUUGAGGCCCAUUUCGCGACCCAUGGCACUGGCGAGAUCACUGAAAUUAAGCUCAUGAACGGAUUCGGGUUCAUCGAGUACAAGGAUGCCAUGGAUGCCCGCGAUGUUGUUCCUGCUUUCCAUGGAUCCGAUUUUAUGGGUGAACGCUUGACUGUACAAUUUGCCCGUGGAACCCGUCAUCGGGAGGGCGGCAGUGCUGGCGGCUUUGGCAACAAUGAGCGCGCACCUCCUAGGCCUCGCCGCACUCCCCACAGAAUGCAGAUCACGGGACUUCCCACCGAUACCAGUUGGCAGGACCUCAAAGACUUUGCCCGUCAAUCAAGCCUUGACGUUGUCUACUCUGAAACGCCCCGCGAUGGCAACGGGCGCGGCUUCGUUGAAUUCGAGACUGCGGCGGACUUGAGAACUGCCGUUGAGAAGCUUGACGGCCGCGAAUUCAAGGGAAAUCGGGUUACCUGUGUAGCAGACACACAACCGGAUAUGCCGCCUCGCGAUAUGCGCAGCGCUCGGUCUCGUUCGCCCGGCGGCGGUCGUCGACCCUACCCGCCCCCAGUCGAUGAUUACGACCGACGUGGUCCCCCGAGAGGCUACAGUCCGCGCCGAGAUGGUUAUCGUGAGGGAUACCGUGAGCGGAGUCCUCCGCGCCGCGAGUACUACGAUGAACGUAAUCGUUACCGCUCUCCUCCGCGGCGCCCCAUCGACGAUUACCCCCCUCCGCGAGGCCGCUAUGACGACCCGUACCGGAGGGACUACCCCCCGCCGCCUGACCCCUACGUCAACGGCAGAGGGCCGUACGACCGCCCUCCGAGAGACUUUCCCCCUAGGGAAGCAGGUUACCCGCGUGAUGGGUACCCUCGCGAGUAUGAACGUGGUGGCCGUUACUGGUAA